UGGCUGGCGGCCGGCGCCCUGGCGCUGCCCCUGGCGCUGCAGCCGCAGACCUUCCGGUUGUCGCACUCGGACCACGUGCUGUGCCACGACGCGCUGCCCGUGGGCGCCCAGGCCUCCUACUGGCGGCCCGCCUUCCUCUGCCUGGCCGUGCUCGGCUGCUUCCUGCCGCUGCUCGUCAUGCUGCUGAGCUACGGGGCCACCCUGCGCGCGCUGGCGGCCGGCGGCCCGCGCUACGGCCACGCGCUGAGGCUCACCGCGCUGGUGCUGGCCUCGGCCGUGGCCUUCUUCGUGCCCAGCAACGUCCUGCUGCUGCUGCACUACUCGGACCCGCGCCCGGACGCCUGGGGCGACCUGUACGCCGCCUACGUGCCCAGCCUGGCGCUCAGCACCCUCAACAGCUGCGUGGACCCCUUCAUCUACUACUACGUGUCUGUGGAGUUCAGGGACAAGGUGCGGGAGGGGCUGCUCUGCGUGGCUCGGGGCGCCUCCGCAGCCUCCAGGGAGGGGGCCGCCCAGGGCACAGGCACCCGGUCCACCUCCCUCGUGUGAGGCCCCCCGGAAGGCGGGGCAGGUGGACAGGGCGCCGUGCGGGCUCGAGCGGGGCCCCCUCCCGAUUCAUGUGUACCGGGAACCCCUGAACGUGAGCUCAUCUGGAAACAGGGCCUUUGCAGGUGUUAUUAAAAUUCGGUCACACUGGCGUAGGGGAAGCCCUAAAUCUGCUGUGACCAGUGUCCUUAUUAGGAGAGGCCCACGUACACACAGGGGAAGAGGCCAUCUGAUCACGAAGGCAGACACUGGGGUGAACAGGACGACCGCUAGCAGCCACCAGAAGCCGGGACGGCAGCCUGAGACGCCCUCCCUCGGAGCCCCCCCAAAGAAGUGGACCCUGCCCACACCCUGAUCUCAAGCUUCUGGCCUCCAGAACGGUCACAGAAUAAAUUUCUGUUGUUUUAAGUCA